UUUUCCUGAUUCUAACUAUUAUUGGGGAUAAAAAUUAAGCUGAGAGAAAUUCGAGAUAGGUGGGGGUAUGGAAAAGAGGAACAGGCGAGCGGGUCUGGCGAAAGUGCGCUGCAGGAGCAUCGCGCACUCUCUGCUUGGCGACCGGAAGUCGCAGGGACUGAAUGGGUCUCGGAGCAGGCGAGUGCAGCUUCUCUGCGGUUGACGCUCUGGCACCGUUUGGCCGCCGGUCUCGUCAGCUUCUUGACCGACAGGUUCAUGUGGAGACUCCCAGGCGCCCGCUCCGCGCUUCGUGGGGUUCGGACGGCGGUGGAGCGGCGCGGCCGGGCCGAGUCGGUGACUGAGGCAGUGGCACGAGCUAUGGAGCGCGCGGUAGUGCGCUGCGUACCUUCGGAGCCCAAGCUGAGUUUGUCGUUCGCGCUGGCCGACGGCAGCCACAAGAAUAUGCAGCGAGACCAGAGCGAGCCGCUGGGUCGGGUCCUUAGCCGGAUCGCCACCAACGCCCUCAAGGGCCAUGCCAAGGCCGUCGCCGCCAAGAAGAGCAGGAAGAACCGGCCGAACGCGAGCGGCGGCGCGGCCGGUGCAGGGCCUGGUCCUGGGCCCGAGCCGGCCGCGCCCUGCGAACCGGUGGUGAAGCUGUACUACCGAGAGGAGGCGGUGGCCGAGGACGUGCUCAACGUGGAUGCCUGGCAGGACGGCGCGGUGCUGCAGAUCGGCGAUGUCAAGUACAAGGUGGAGCGCAACCCACCCGCCUUCACCGAGCUGCAGUUGCCGCGCUACAUCAUGGCCGGCUUCCCCGUGUGCCCCAAGCUCAGCGUCGAAUUUGGGGAUCCCGCCAGCUGCCUCUUCCGCUGGUACAGGGAAGCCAAGCCAGGAGCCACCGAGCCUGAGGGCGAGGGCCCCUCGUCGUUACCCCCCUCCUCGUCCUCCCCUACCUGGACAGAGACGGGUGUGAACGAGCGCGUCUACACCCCGUCCAAUGCCGACAUCGGGCUACGGCUCAAGUUUCAUUGCACCCCGGGCAAUGGUCAGCGCUUCGGGCCAAGCCGGGAGCUGGAAAGUGUGUGCCCGGUGGAGGCUGGGCCCGGCACCUGCACCUUUGACCACCGGCAUCUCUACACCAAGAAGGUGACGGACGGCUCUCUCAUCCGAACCGUCUCCUACAACCUCCUGGCCGACACCUACGCCCAGACUGAAUUCUCACGGACGGUCCUGUACCCGUACUGUGCCCCCUACGCCCUGGAGCUCGACUACCGCCAGAACCUCAUCCAGAAGGAGCUCACAGGCUAUAACGCCGACCUCAUCUGCUUGCAGGAGGUGGACCGCGCGGUCUUCUCCGACAGCUUGGUGCCCGCCCUCGAGGCCUUCGGGCUGGAGGGCGUGUUUCGAAUCAAGCAGCACGAAGGUCUGGCCACCUUCUACCGAAAGUCCAAGUUCAGCCUUCUUAGCCAACAUGACAUUUCUUUCCACGAAGCCUUGGAGUCCGACCCACUUCACAAAGAACUGCUAGAGAAACUAGUUUUAUACCCAGCAGCGCAGGAAAGGGUGUUCCAGAGGUCUUCUGUCCUGCAGGUUUUAGUUCUUCAGUCUACAAAUGACUCUUCUAAAAAGAUUUGUGUCGCUAAUACCCAUCUCUACUGGCAUCCAAAAGGUGGGUACAUCCGUCUCAUUCAGAUGGCAGUAGCCUUGGCUCACAUUAGACAUGUCUCAUGUGACCUCUAUCCUGGCAUACCAGUUAUAUUCUGUGGGGACUUUAACAGUACGCCAUCAACAGGAAUGUAUCAUUUUGUCAUCAGUGGCAGCAUUCCAGAGGAACAUGAAGACUGGGCUUCCAAUGGGGAAGAGGAAAGAUGCAACAUGUCUCUGACCCAUUUCUUCAAACUGAAAAGUGCGUGUGGUGAACCUGCUUACACAAAUUACGUUGGUGGCUUUCAUGGAUGUCUGGAUUAUAUUUUCAUUGACUUAAAUGCUUUAGAUGUUGAACAGGUGAUUCCAUUGCCUAGUCAUGAAGAAGUUACCACCCACCAGGCCUUACCUAGUGUUUCACAUCCCUCUGAUCACAUAGCACUUGUGUGUGAUUUAAAAUGGAAAUAGAUGUGUUUAAUGAAACUUGUCUUAAGUCUGAAAAGGAAGUUAGUUACUUUAGUGGAAGAAUUUAAUAUGAAUCAGAGCUUAAAUGUAACCUCCAAAGAGGGAAACUAGAAACCAAGGUAAAGUGUUCAUACCCUGUUAGUUAUGUUACAGAUGUCUUCAUUAUAUGACUAUUCAUAAUGUUUGCAUAAUACAGUUUCUCUGCCCCUUCACCCCCCCUUUUUUCCCCUGCACUUGAAGGAGAAAAUGUAUUUAUGGCUGGCAGGAAGAUAAUUGAAUUAUUGCAUACAUUUUUAUCAGUGGUUUUUUUUUUUUUUUAAAAGGCAGUAAUUAAGAGUUUUAAUACACUAUAUGAAUGAUUCUAUAAUUUUUCUAUCAUAACAAACAUUUCAAGUUGAAUGAUGUUUAUAUAAUUAGGAAGAAAACCCUAAGGUAAGGUGAGAGGCCCAGGUUCUGACACAGGGAGGGAAUAACAUGAGGGUCUACCUCUACCUCAAUUUGGUUAGUAGUUUAGUACAAUUUCACUUUUCAGUUUUAAGCUUUAACAAAGAUUAAAAUACACCACAACCAAUUGUCAUUGCUUCUCAUCCUUCAUUUUUCAGUCAACAGAUAUUUUCAGUCUCUUACUCUAGAUUUGAGUUUUUUUGUGUAUGGUGCAAAUGGACUUAGCUACAGCCUCAUUCUUACUGCAGCUGAUUUUAAUUUUUAGGAUGGGAGCACAAUUUAGUAUUCAGAGUGAACAGCAACAUACUCAACUUGAUCCCAUUGUCUUUAAUUACUCUUGCCCUGAAAAAUGUUCAUAAAUCAAUAGGGUAUUUGACCAUAUGAUGUUAGAGAUCACACAGCACAAUGUAUUACGAGAAACUGUGUACUGACAGGGCUUGAACUUUUAGAUGAACCACUGAGCUGCUAUGCUAGAAGUAUUUUCAAAAUUGUGUUUUUAUAAAUAGAAGAAAUGGGAGUAGCAGGACUUUUGGCAUCUCUGGAAAAAAAAAAACUUUUUAUAGACUUGAACAUUAUAGUUUGAGUUACAGGAAAACACUGUAUAUAUAAUUUAUAUUGUAAAAAGAUUUUAAAUAUGAAGCCAAAUGCAUUUUACAGUUAGAAAUUACAAAAGGUUGUAGAGGUUAGUGUCUGACCUAAAAUGGUGACUAAAGCUUUACUCACUUGGUUAUCACUCUAUUUGUAAUGCUUCAGCUGUUGCCUUUUUUGAUGUUCAGGAUAACUGUACUGUUAUCUCGUAUUCCUUCAUUUAAUUUCUAGCUUAGGUAAUAAAAGCCCAUCCACCUCAAGAAGAGUUCUUGAUUUUCCAGUCAUUAAGCCCUGUUCCAAAUUCUUUCAGCUCUGAGCCCAAUAUCAUAAGAACAUUCCUCUUUUGAUAAAAGUAGCUUUCAUAUUCUGCUCACUAUCCAUCGUAAAGUCUUCAGUAAGUCUGAGAAUGAAGAUUUUUUUUACCUGCACUGCAGAUGAAACCUUGAAGUCCUUAAAGGACUUUCAGGGGAAAAAUUAAGGUAGCAGUUUCUUGGGAUCUUGUUUAGAAAAAGCUGUAAUUGAAAAACUGAUGCUGUCGAAUUGUGCCUUCCUAAAUAACAUUUUGGGAAGCAUUUUAACAUUGAUUGAUAAAUACAAAAAUGAUGUAUUAAAGCCAGAAUUUGAUUUUUUUUUUUUUUUUUCGCAAAAUACGUAUUUUUCACUUUAUUUUUGGUCCACUUUCAAACAGCUCACAGGACCUUUGAAAACCUGUAAGAAGACCAGCAAAAAGUUGAGAGACAUUUUGAAAGAAAAACUUAUGAUGUAAUUGUUCAUGCCCGUGAGGAAGGCUACUUGUCCUGUAUUGACACCAUGACUAGCUAGACUGAACUCUUAGCAAACAUUCCCUGCCCUGAAUUUUAUAUUUGCUGACCAAAUAGUAUUAUCAGAUUGUAGGCAGGCAUGGCAGGAUGCUAGGUUAUAGGAUGUUAUUUAAACACACAAACAAACCUUUGCUGUCAAUUUGAUUCCGACUCAUAGCGACCCUAUGAGACACAGUAGAACUGCCCCAUAGGGUUUCCAAAGAGCAUCUGGUGAGUUCAAACUGCCAACCAUUUGGUUGGCGGCUGAGCUCUUAACCACUGCACCACCAGGGCUCCAGGAUGUUAUUACGAAGUGCUGUAUACUGUCUGGUCACAUCUCCAAUAGAAUGGUUGGAGUCCUAAGAUAGGGAUCGCUAAGACUGUAUAAAUAAAAAAUAGCAUACCAAAACUUCCUUGUGCUCAUUAAUUAGAAUAGAGUGUUAACCCAGGAAUGUUUAAAGUAUUUAAAGCCAUCUUUGUGAUUGGAUUUUUCUGUUACAUUUGGAUUUUAAUACAGCUUUAAUAAAAUAUGGGAAGUCUAGCAACUUUCCUGGUGAACCCCA